AGCGACCACACCAAUCACACUUCCUGGAACAGGGAGGAGCUGGGGUUUUUCGUGGAUAUCACUAAAGUCUCUGCUCUUGGGGUUUUAUCAAGCUUCGUCUUUGCAUACAGAGAUGAUUGACGUAGGAGCAUGGGCAGAGUACGUGGUGGAGUGGGCAGCCAAAGACCCCUAUGGUUUCCUUACCACUGUUAUACUGGCUCUCACACCCCUCUUUAUCGCCAGUGCACUGCUGUCCUGGAAGCUGGCCAAGAUGAUUGAGGCACGUGACCGGGAACAGAAGAAAAAACAGAAACGCCAGGAAAAUAUAGCCAAGGCCAAGAGAACCAAGAAAGACUGAGCCUGUGAGGGCAGAAAGAGGGCAUAAAAAUAUAACGGGAGAGACCACCACGCUCACAGCCCUCCUUGUUUUAAAUAAUGACACGGUGCCCUUCCUCGUCCCAGCCCUACUGUCAGCACAGGGCCACUAUGCCUCAUGUCUGGGGUGGGAGGAGGGACACUGGCCCCACAGGCCGUACAGUGCUGAGGCAGACAGUGCUGCCUGGAGGAGACUCGUCCCUGUGGGACUUUGGUCAGCAAGAGCACAGUGGUCAUCUGUAUGACGUUUUUCUACAGAGAUCUGCUGAUAAUAUUGCGCAGCUGUUGCAACACCUUGCAUUCCAUUGUUAGCAUCCAUGUUCUGCUGAAUUGAUGAUAUAACAAGUAAACUGGAACUUUAUCAAAGUUACUUUCAAAAUAUCCAAAAUAAUACUUUCUAAUAAAGUUUUCAUGGUUGAUAAGAAAA